UAAAAAUAUCCAAUAAUUUAGCAUGUUAUAUUAUAGUAAGGAAAAAUUAAAUUUUAAAAUAAAUAAGCACAGGUUUUUUAUAGGUUUAUGUCUUACUUACACAUUAUAAUAUUAUCAAAUAAAUAUAUAAUAACUUUUUCCGUGAUAUUUGGAAGGAAACAUACGGACGUGUUACGACGAAGACGAAGACGACGACGAUGGACGCCGCCAGGAAGAACGACGGAGAAAAGGCCCCACGUCUUCAGUGCGACUUGUGCGAUAAGUCGUUUGCGAGUGAGCAUGGUCUGUUGAAACACGUUCUGGGCCACACGGGCCACAAACCGCUUUACAUCUGCCAGACGUGUGGAAAUUCGUUUACCUCGAACACCUCGUUGAUGGCGCACCAGCGGACGCAUCCGGUCGAAAAACCGCACCGGUGCGUCGCGUGCGGCAAAUCGUUCGCCACCAAGAGCGAGCUGAAGAUUCACGGCUGGCGGCAGCCGAACGACACGCCGUACAAUUGCGGUACGUGCGGCGAUUCGUUCGUGUCCAAGACGACGAUGUCGGACCACCUGGCGACGCACGCUUUGAAGCCGUACACGUGCUCGGAGUGCGACUCGACGUUUGCAUCGAGGUACUCGACGAAGGUGCACAUGCGGCGGCACACGGGCGAGCGGCCGUACCCGUGCGGCAUUUGCGACAAGUCGUUCAGGCAGCCGAUCGCCCGGAUCAGGCACUGGCGCACGCACACGGGCGAGCGGCCUUUCUCGUGCGACCUGUGUCCCAGGGCGUUCGCGACCGAGUCGACGCUGUCCAAUCACCGGCGGACGCACACGGGCGAGCGGUCGUACUCGUGCGAAUUGUGCGACAAGUCGUUCGCCGUCCAGAGCACGCUGUAUAACCACUAUUGGACGCACAAACGGAACACGUGCUACAAGUGCGGAUUGACGUUCUGUGACUAUAGGAAACUGGAGGAGCACCGGUUGUCGGCGCACCCAAGGGCUGUUGUAGCUGCAGAUGCGGGUGACGACGAUAGCGAGCGACGUACGGCGACCUCGACGACGACGACGACGACGACGACGACGACGACGACGACGACGACGACGACGACGACGACGACGACGACGACGACGACGACGACGUAAUUAUAGCAACGAUAAUUAAUUAUAGAUAUUAAUUGAAUGUUGAUAUUAUUAUAAAUAAAAAUAAUAUGACUUGUCGCAAAAAUGUAUUUAAUUAAAUUUGUUUUUCCUUUUCUCGUUGAUUUUUCGUGUCACCCCCAAGAUGGGUCCAUGUCACCGUUGGUGACAUGUCAUCUUGGUUGAGAACUUCUGAUUUAAUACUUUAAUUAUUGGUUAGAAAAGUAUGUUAG